AUGGGCAGCCUUCUCCAGCCUCCUCUUGAGCAACAUCUCUCGGGCUCUUCCAGUGCUCCUUCGAACUCUCCUUCGGCACUGGACGACGUACGGAAUCUUGCGGCUUCGCAAUCACGUAGCAGUCAGACUACAAUCGAGUCUAUUCCCCUCGAGACAGUAUCUGCUAAUGAAGGCCUCCGACCUCGUCGACAACAGGCUACUCAACAGCGGGCGAGGAUACGUCCGAAUAUUCGAAACAAUGUCGUUCUGCGUCCCAUACCUGUACCACAAGGCUAUCACGAGCUCAACUACAAGCCUAUCAUGCUCGAGACUGGGACUUUGCUGGCGAUGCUCCUUUUCAACAUUUUAUGUGUGGUGGGACUUGUUCUCAUAGUUGUCGAGUCCGACGCAUACGCACAAUACCACUCCUCACACACAGAUAUGCGAUUUGUGGUUCGUUAUGUUCCUACCAUCGUUGGCACAAUCACAACUCUGAUGUUUCGAUCAAUGCGAGAUACUCUUGCGCGAACGAAACCAUACAUUUGCAUGGCAAGCGAACCUGAUCGUGUUGGGUCUCGAGGCUCCAAGAGCGUGGGCUUAAUGUUCACCACGGGACUGUAUUGGGGUCGUGGCCUGAAGAAGCGACUUUCUCCUCAACAUCAAGAUUGGCUCCGUUGGGCUAUGUUCUUUGCUUCCAUUCCCGUCGCUCAAAUCACUGGAUACAAAGCAGCGUUAUUUACAGCAUCCGUUACAUCUGACGGAAAAUAUGUCCUGACUGUACAUAAGUCCAUGGCAUAUGUUCUUAUCAGUCUUUACUUGGUGGUCAUCAUUCUGACUGUGAUGACCUUGGUAAAAAUGCUUACGAACAAGACGGGCUUGAAGUGGGACCCAGUGACGAUUGCGGAUCAACUUGCUUUAUUUCAUGGCUCAAAUGCGCUGGAUGAGUUUGAGGCGCUGGAACAACUUCACCGAGAAACGGCUUUCGAUCUGUUAGCCGAAAGGUCUUUUAGACUCGGAUACUGGGAAAGGACUGAGGGAGGUAGAACUACAAUUUGGUACGGCAUUGGGAAGAUUUCACCACCACUAUCAGGACACGACCAAGAAUCCGGCCAAGCUCCCCCGCAGCGAUUGCCAGAUUGCAAGAAGUGCAACAAAGGCCAACACUACACUUUCUGUUCUUGCCACGACGAGACGACCUGUACAGUCUACCCAUGGCUGAAGAAUUCGCUCUUCAGACCCUGGGCCGUACUCGUCUGGGCCAUCCCAGUUCUCGCCAGUCUAUGUCUCUGCAUUUACACCGCCUCCUCCAACCGUGUCAACGAAGGCUUCACGGUCCACAACACAUGGUGGUCCUACUUCCCUGAACUCGACACACCCACUAACACCACAUCCAACUCUACCACCUCAUUCAACACCACUCUUCAAACAAACAUCACUUCCCAACCCGGCGAUCUCCUGCUCCAUCUCCCAGGUCUAAACAUCAACGCCGCGAACGACCUCGUGCUAUACAUCUUCGCAUUUCGCACCAUCCCCACCGUCUUCGCCUCUUACUUCGCCCUAACCUGGUUCAGCGCCGUCGAUAAAAGUACCCGCUUCUCGCAGCCUUUCGCAAACAUGUACUCCCACCCCGCUUCAGCUUCCGAAACCGUGCUUCUCGAUUACCUAUGGGGACCACCUGGGAUCGUCACCAUCAACGCCUUUCAAGCGGGCCAUUACAAAGUGUUCUGGUUUUCGCUCCUCGAUCUUUUGUCUCCGAUCUUUCCUAUCUUGGUCGCGGGUUUAUUCACCAUCACUAACACAGGAGAAUUGAUUGUCGUCGCUAUUAUUCCUGUAACGUUCUAUUUCGUGCUCUCGUUCCUGGCUAUAUACCUCCUGACUCUACCUUUUGUGUGGCCGAGGACAAAUCGAAGGCUUCUGAGGUGGCAUGCUAGUAUCGCUGAUUAUGUGAGUUUGUUUUAUGCUAGUCGGCUAUUAAAUAACACGAGGGGGAACGGGAUUGGGGCUGCGAUUAACGAGGAGGAUGGUGAGAAGGUGGAGAAAGAUGCGUUGGAUAUUUCGGGCAAGGAGAUUACGAGUAGACAUCUAUAUUCGAAGAUUUUCUUGGAGGAGAAGGAGUACAGUAUGGGGUUUUAUGAGGGCAUCGAUGGUAGAAGGCAUUGGGGGCUUGACCGGGUUGAUUUGGCUGAGGUUGAGUUUGUGAGUUGGAGGGAUUGGGAGAAGGAGAGGGUAGCCUCAACUUCGAAAGAGCGAACACAUGAAUGA